UUCAGUGAGGACAGUAGUGUCUCAAACAGGUCCCAACCAAAGAAAAGACGACUCCAGGGCCGGCAUUUGGGAAUAUCAGUGGGAAUUCCUGACAGGUUGAAAGGCAGAAGAAAUAAACCAUGACUCUAUACUGGAGAAUAUGCAUUGUCUUUUUUGGAAUGAUAGCAUACUCAGUGGCUUUCCUCCCGAAGAACAUCAAGGAGUCUAUCGACCAUCUGAAUAAUCACUAUGUAAGAAAAAACCCCAACCCUGGCAAACUGUAUGAUGGACAUUCCCUCUUUCUAGACAAACUGAAGGAUAAAACUUUUGAGGAGGGGGAACAGAAGCUCCUAAUGACGAUUAUUCUGGAUGCAUACCACAGAAUUUUAGCAAAGAUGGAGAACGAGACUCUGGAUGAAAAUUUAAAGCAUGACUUGCAUGAAGUAAAAGAACAAAUGAGCAAGUUGAAAGAACACUACUUCUCUGGCAAACAUGCAGACAUCAAGAAAUAUGUCACUGAGCUCCUUGCUCUUAAGGAAAAUGACCCACGUGUCCAGAGCAAAGCAAUUUUUGAGCUGAAAACCAUCUAUAAUAGGGCAGCACACCUGGGCAGCCAGUCAGCAGAGAACCACCGGAGAAGACGUCAAGCUAAAGGCUCCAAAAAGCAGCGAUCAUAGUCAAAAAUGUAUUUGUUGGGAAUGUUACUCAAGAGGUGCUUUGAGGUGUAGAUUUAUUUAUUCUAAUACAGUACCUCAUUUUGUUUAUUUUAGUGAUACUGACAUAAUUUAUUAAUAUUCUUUAAUUCAUUAGUUGUACUAAUUGUAUUAAUUUAUUUAAUUUGCUAUUUAUUUUAUGAAAGAAUGUCAUUACUUGCUAAAAGUAGAUUUUGUAAGGUCUAUGACUAAAUAAAGAAAAUAUUUAUUUUAAUAUGUGGAUUCAUAACUGCAAAAAACAUCAUUGUGAGAAAACUCAAACUCAGUUUGACAUAGUGAACCAAAUACUAAAGUUCUGUAGUGACAUUACAGCGCAUAAUAGUCAAAGGGUAAC